GUGCUCCAAUCUCUGCAAAACUUGUUGCCAACAUGCUGUCAGUUGCAGGGGCUGACCACAUCAUCACCAUGGACUUGCAUGCUUCUCAGAUUCAGGGUUUCUUUGACAUUCCAGUAGAUAACCUGUAUGCAGAACCUGCAGUGCUGCAAUGGAUUAAAGAGAACAUUAUGGAGUGGAGAAACUGUAUCAUAGUUUCACCUGAUGCAGGUGGUGCCAAAAGGGUUACUUCAAUUGCUGACAGACUGAACGUGGAAUUUGCUCUCAUUCAUAAGGAAAGAAAGAAGGCAAACGAAGUGGACAGAAUGGUCUUGGUUGGUGAUGUGAAAGACAGAGUAGCAAUUCUUGUGGAUGAUAUGGCUGACACAUGUGGCACAAUAUGCCAUGCAGCUGAUAAGUUAAUAUCUGCUGGAGCUACCAAAGUUUAUGCCAUUCUUACUCAUGGCAUCUUUUCUGGUCCUGCUAUUUCUCGGAUUAAUAAUGCAUCGUUUGAGGCUGUUGUGGUAACUAAUACAAUCCCCCAAGAAGAAAAAAUGAAACAUUGCCCAAAAAUUCAGUUUAUUGACAUUUCCAUGAUCCUGGCUGAGGCAAUUCGAAGAACACACAAUGGUGAAUCUGUGUCUUACCUGUUCAGUCAUGUCCCCUUGUAACUGCAGAAGAUUACAUCUCAUCUUUGCCAAGGUCCCUUCAACUAGCACUGUUGUUUUUAACAACACAUUUCAAUCACAAGAAAUUAGUAUCUUUGUACAAUUCCAGAGCUUGUAUGUUUAAUUAUUACAUUUGUCUUGUAAUUACCAUUUGUUCUUUGUAAAUGGGCAAUAAAUCCCCUUCUUGCAGAAA